AUGUACGCCCGUUACGUUCCCUCGAAGAAGACCAAGGAGGCACCGCGGCCUGCCGAGCCGUCACCUCCGCCUCCGCCACCACCAUCGGCGCCGGAAUCCUCCUCGGCCCCCGCUGACGACGGCCUCGUAUCCGGAGGCUCGACAGCCAGCCCCUACGCACGAUUCGUUCCUUCAAAAAGCUCGAAACCCCGCGCUCCCCUCGCAAAUGUAAUCACGGCGGACACCGACGGCCUGUCUCCGGCGACCAAGCGCAAGCACCAGGUUUCUGCCGAGGCCGAGGAGGAGGAGAUGCAAGUCAAGAAGAAGAAGAAGUCUAGGAAAUCCGAAGAUGGGACUGCGCCGGAUGAAGAUGCGGCCACGCCCAAGAAGUCCAAGAAAGACAAGAAGAACAAGACCUCGAGGCAAGACGACGAACCCACAGGCGACGAGGCACAUCGGGAAACGGAAUCGCAGGGAACGGGAGACGGCAAAAAGAAGAAGACGAAGAAGAGCGCGCCAGAAGCCUCUGAAUCCGAAACCGCAGCACAGGGAGACGGCGCAGAAGGGCCCGGACCCAAAAAGGACAAGUCGAAAAAGAAGAAGGGCCGCGACGACGCCGGAAACGGGGACGGAGAGGGAGACGAAGUCGAUGCGCGGCACAAGGCCGUCCUUGCCAAGGCCACCAAGUACUUGAAAAAGGCCGCCGAGUUGGCCCCGGCCGGCGCCCCCGAGAAGAUGGACGUGGACGAAGAAGCGGCGGAGGAGGUGGAGGAGCACGGGCUGGAGCCGCUGCCGCAGCCCGAGCCCGCCUCCCUCGACGACUCCAAGCCCUCGUACGAGACGCUGCCGCACUGGCUCGCCGCCCCGAUCCGCGUCGCCCCGGACACGCGCACGCCGUUCGCCGACAUCGGCAUCAACCCAAAGGCCGCCCGGGCCCUCGAGUCCAAGGGCUUCAGGGACGCGUUCGCCGUCCAGACGGCCGCCUUUCCCCUGCUCCUCCCGUCCUGCAAGCACCGCCAGGGCGACCUCCUCAUCGCGGCGGCCACCGGCUCCGGCAAGACGCUGGCGUACGCCCUCCCCGUCGUGCGGGACAUCAGCCAGGGCGCCGUCACCCGGCUGCGCGCGCUCGUCGUCCUGCCGACGCGCGAGCUGGUCAAGCAGGCGCAGGAGGUGUUUGAGCUCUGCGCCGGCGCCUUCGACGGCCGCGACCAGAAGAGGGUGCGCAUCGGCAUCUCCAUCGGAAGCCAGCAGCUGAGGCACGAGCAGGCCGCCCUGGUCGAGAGGGAGGAGAGGUACGACCCGGAAGCCUACCGCGCGGCGCGCAGUCGGGAACUCGAGGCGUGGAUGGACGUCGAGGAGCCAGCAACACCAGCCGGCUCCAAGGACGCGGCGGCUGCGGGCUCCCUGCCGGACCACGUCGUGGACUACACCUCCAAGGUGGACGUCCUCAUCUGCACCCCCGGCAGGCUCGUCGAGCACAUCAACCUCACGCCCGGCUUCUCGCUCGACCACGUGCGCUGGCUGGUCGUCGACGAGGCCGACAAGCUCCUCGCGCAGAGCUUCCAGGGCUGGCUCGACGUCGUCAUGCCCAAGCUCCGCACCAACAAGUUCAGCGCCCGCGACUUCCCCGACUCCAACCUCGGCGGCGUCGUGCGCAAGAUCGUCCUCAGUGCCACCCUCACGCGGGACCUCAGUCUGCUGAGCGGGCUCCACCUCCGCCGGCCGCAGCUCAUCGUGCUCGAGGGCAGCCAGGCCGACGGCUCCGCGCCCAUCGCCGAGCACACCCUGCCGACCCUUCUCAAGGAGUCCGCCAUCAGAGUGCACGACGCCAACCUCAAGCCGCUCUACCUCAUCGAUCUCCUCCUCGGCGGCCACCUCAUGUCCGAGACCGCCACCAAGGCGCUGUCCGCGCCCGCCGCCGAGCACGACGAGGACAACGACGAGACGUCCUCGUCAGACGCCUCCGCAGACACCUCGUCCGACGCCGGCUCCGACUCGGACUCGGAUACAAGCUCCGACUCCGGUUCUGACAGCUCCUCGGACGAUGACUCAGACGACGACAACUCAGACGCCGCCGCCGCCGCUGCCACGCCCAAGACAAAAACCGCCCGCACCCUCUUCACGACGACGGCCCUCAUCUUCACAAAGUCCAACGAGUCGGUCCUCCGCCUCUCCCGCCUCAUCGCCCUCCUCGAGCCGUCCCUGGCGCCGUCCAUCGCGACCCUCACGUCGACCCAGAAGACGUCGGACCGCCGCCGCGCCCUCCGCGCCUUCGCCGGCCGCCGCCUCCGCCUGCUCGUCGCCUCCGACCUCGUCGCCCGCGGCGUCGACCUGCCCCUGCUCGACAACGUCGUCAACUACGACCUGCCCGCCAGCGCCGCCGGCUACGUCCACCGCGACGGUCGCACCGAUCGCGCCGGUCGCGCCGGGCCGCUGGGAAUCACGUCGAGGACGGCGAGAGCGGCUGGUUCUGGGGCAAGAUCGCCAAGCCUGAGCAGCGGCAUCCGCCGCGCCGCCCGCGUCGACCGCCUGCGCAUCGGCGACCCCGACGCCGGCGGCUUCGGCGACGAGAGGGUGCGCCAGUACGAGGACGCGCUCGAGGCGCUGGGCAAGGAGGCCGGCGAGGCGAGGAGGCACAGGUAG